AUGGCCUGCAAAACCAUUUCUUUCUUAUUCUUCUGCUUCCUUUUCAUCUCCAUUGAUUCAAUCUAUUCUCAGGAGACAGACCCAGAAACAGACUGCAGAAACCGUUGGAUCCACGUCCGACGGUUACCACCAAGGUUCAAUCUUGAUCUCCUUCCAAACUGUUCUGAAUACCCACUUUUUGAAAAUUUCUGUCCUUACCUAGCAAACCAUGGUUUAGGCCCCAAAACACACCACAAGUCUCAAUCUUGGUACCGUACAAACCCUUUGUUGUUAGAACUUAUAUUCCACCGUAGGAUGCUUGAAUACCCAUGUUUAACAUCAGAUCCCAAUCAAGCCAAUGCCAUUUACUUACCUUACUAUGCAGCAAUUGAUGCUUUGAGGUAUCUAUAUGGUCCUGAUGUGAAUAACAGCAUGGAACACGGGCUUGAAUUGUAUUAUUAUUUACAAGAAAAUGAAGGUUGGAUAUGGUCAAGGAAUCAUGGGGUUGAUCAUUUCUUGGUCAUGUCAAGGCCUGCUUGGGAUUUCUCUCAAUCUGUAGAUGUCGAUCCUCCUAUUUGGGGUACUUCAUUUCUUGAAUUGCCAGAGUUUUAUAAUGUUACUGCUUUGAUUGUUGAAAGGCGAGCUUGGCCUUGGCAAGAACAAGCUGUGCCCUAUUUGACAUCAUUUCACCCCCCAAAUUUAGGAUUACUCGAGUCUUGGAUUAAACGUGUUAAGGCUUCAAGGAGGACCACUCUGAUGCUUUUUGCAGGUGGGGGUGGUGUUGGUUCCACACCAAAUAUCAGGAGGAGUAUCAGGAAUGAAUGCGAAAACAGCAGCUUUAGUGAUGGAAGUAACACUUAUGUCAAUAAUGGUGGAGGGUACGAUUACUCCAACAUGAGGAAAGUUUGUGAUAUAGUGGAUUGCUCUAAUGGGAUAUGCGAGCAUGACCCAAUAAGGUAUAUGAGGCCAAUGUUGCAAGCAACAUUUUGUUUGCAGCCUCCAGGAGAUACACCAACUAGGAGGUCGACGUUUGAUGGGAUCGUUGCUGGGUGUAUACCAGUUUUCUUCGAAGAACAAUCUGCCAAGUCACAGUAUGUUUGGCAUUUGCCAGAGGAAAUGUAUAGGGGCUUUGCUGUGUUUAUACCGAAGGAGGAUGUUGUGUUUAAGGGGUUAAGGAUUUUGGAUGUGUUGAGGGGGAUACCAAGAAAUGAAGUCCGGAGGAUGAGGGAGAGAGUCAUAGAAUUGAUACCAAGAGUUGUGUACAGGAAGCAUGGUAGUUCAUCAGGUUUAAGAGCUAUAAAGGAUGCAUUUGACAUUGCCGUUGAAGGUGCUUUGCGGAGGAUCAAUUCUAGGCUGAAAGCAGGGGAUUUUGAUCAAUGA